AGCGUUGGGUAAAGAAGCUGAACUGAAAUCACAUUUAAUAGCGGUUUCUUCAGUAGUCAACGUUUGUUGCAUUACGUUACGGCGGCCUUUAGGCCCUACUAGCAUGCUAACCGCCACGCUAGCUUAAAUAGCGUCUCCUUUGCGGGGCUUUAGCUUUAACGUUAGCACGCAAAUCCGAUAUUGUAGCGUCAGCUAAUGUUAGCUGCUAGCUGUCAGAGCUACUUAGCGAAUGGAAAAUGGAAAGCUUUGCCGAAGUAAUAACGUUAGUUCUGGCACAGUGACUAAUAUAACAUAAUACAUAGUCAGUAAACGCGCCAAACUGGACAGUUUCGGACGUAUAUUCUUCUAUAUUUAACAUCGUGAAGAGACCCCCGCCCAGUUAGCUAGCCGUAGCAUUACCAACAGAGUUCUAAUUUAACAUUGUUAGCGCCUGCAUAGAGACUAUCACCACUAUGCCAUGCUUUCAUUGUAAUAUUUGUAAAGAAGUUGCAAUUUUGGCAAGGGAUUUUGCCCAAACAGUUGUAGAAUGUCCUGUCACCAGCUAGCUAGCUAUCGCUAAAGCUAAGGGUAGCUAAAAUAACCCGCCAUUGACAGGACAGGUAGCACCAGCUGUCAUAAGUGAUUACGACGUACUUUUAAUUAUCAGCACGCAAUUUCUCCCGUAUGUUUAUACGGAUUUAUCCAUGAAGGUAAAACAAGAACAGCAGAUAGGAGAAGACCUCGCUCAGGAGAAGACCUGAUGUUUCUGUAUAUUUUCCCUUUCUCAUGCACACAAUAUUACUGACAGUAUUUGUGUCAGGGUCGUGUCUCUUUUUCAUGACUACACAAACCAUGAAAAUAUAAUGAAUGCAUUUAUCCGUCUCUCAGAAUAUGUGAUUAAUGGGGCUUAAAUGGAUCCUUAGAUCUGUUCCAUAAACUGUGGUAAGGAAGGCAAUGGCAGUACAACUCUUAUCUUACUAAUGGGGACUUAACGCUGUCCAAAGCAGACAAAUGUAAUAUCAUCAGGGAGCAUAACAGCUCUUUCAUUGUAGCAGUUGCGCUGUAUGCAGUCUCUCAACAAGGUAGAUACAAAUUUAAAGCAUGACAGCACAUGCAGGAUUGUAAUGGUAAUAAAAAGGUAAAUAAAAGCAGGCAAUCAAAACAGUUCAGUCAAUACAAAGCAGCCGUUGAACCAUGCACAGCACAGAGGCCUGUCAAUAUUUGGCAUAACUCAUAACAUGCAAAAGCUAUAUAGGGUUAACACUGAUGGUCAGAGCAAGAUGAAAUAGUUGCCUAACAUUAAGUUGGCAGUGAGGUAUGUGUAAUGAAUACUAAAAUGUAAGGUCUCAAGGAAGGCAGAAGUAUACUGCUGCCAUGCUUUGCUAGGAAAGAAAAGGCAGAUGGGAAAAGGAACUGUCAUUGGUUUGAUGCAGUCAGUUCUUAUUCACAGUUUUUGUGUAUAUUGGGCUUUGUUCAUAAAUUGUCAAAGUAUGGAAGGAACAAGGUGUUAUUUUGAAAACCAGUAACUCAUCUGAAGGACUGGCCUUUAAGAAAAAAGCUGUGAAGAAUGUCUGAACAAGAGUUGGAUGAUAUUGUGCAAAUCACAGUGGAGGACUUUAACCAGGAAGCCCGUACAGACAUGCUGGACAAUCAUGAAGAUGAUGAAGACAGGCCUCAGAAGAAAAGAAAGAAAUUCAGCACCACCCAGGAAAACAACAACAGUAAUCAAGAUAUAGCUUUUAUUAAGAACCUGUUGGUUUCAUUCACUGGAUCAGUCGGCCAACGACUGGAGGAAAUUGAAUCAAAGCUACACUCUCUGGAUGCCACAUGUAAAGCCCUUGGACGCAAGCUAGACAGCAUGAUACCCUGUGCCAAGAGUCCUAUCCAGGUUCCUAUGGUUGCUGGAUCACCUCAAGGGGCCACUCAGACUUGGAACAAAGUGCGAUGUGUUGUCCCUCAAACAAAUGUGAUAGUGAGCAGUGAACACCCAAAAGGCUCAAGCCAGGAAGACACUCCACUGGAGAACCUGCUCAGCAACGCGGUGACCAGAAGACGACAGAACACAAUCCUAGUAAAGGUGCCAGGACCCGAAGAGAGUCAGGAGGAACAGGACAGUGGCUCAGAGGCUAGUGACACUGUUUCCAAUGGUGGUCAGUCAAGCAGUGCACAGAACGGCCAGAAUGUUACACUCAUCACACUCAAUUCAGAAGAUGAUUAUCCAGCCGGCACCUGGUUGGGAGAUGAGAACAACCCAGAGAUGCGAGUUCGUUGUGCAGUGUCUCCAGCUGACAUGCUUCACAUCAGCACAAAUUGCCGCACAGCCGAGAAAAUGGCUCUGACGCUGCUAGACUAUCUGUUCCACCGGGAGGUCCAAGCCAUGUCAAAUCUGUCUGGGCAGGGAAAACAUGGAAAGAAGCAGCUGGACCCACUCAUGAUCUAUGGCAUUCGCUGUCAUUUGUUCCACAAAUUUGGCAUCUCGGAAUCAGACUGGUAUCGCAUCAAGCAAAGCAUUGACUCAAAGUGUCGUACUGCCUGGAGACGUAAGCAGCGUGGACAGAGUCUGGCAGUCAAGAGCUUCUCCAAACGCACACCUCGCAGUACAGUAGCAGAGGAAGGAAUCACAGAAGAAACAGCCCACAUAGAGACUGCCACCCAGCAGACCUUGCACUACACACUGGCCAAUCAGCAGGUCCAGUUCCACCGUAUUGGCGAAGAUGGACAAGUUCAGGUGAUUCCACAGGGACAGUUGCAUAUUGCCCAGGUCCCACAAGGAGAAGAGGUGCAGAUCACACAGGACAGUGAGGGAAACCUCCAGAUUCACCAGGUGCAUGUUGGUCAGGAUGGACAGGUGCUGCGAGGAGCUCAGCUUAUAGCUGUUGCAUCAGCUGAUGGGGGAGCAACGGCAGUGGAAGGCUCCACUCUCCCCCCUGACAUCCAAGUGCAGUACGUCCAACUUGCCCCCGUUGCAGAUCACACAACUGCAGUACAGGCUGCUGAACUGGCCCCAGCCCUGCAAGCUGACAUGGAGGUGAAAGAGGCCAUCCAGGGUGCCAUCCAUGGAGAUAAUGGUGAGGUUGUUCAGAUUGUCACCUCAGUGGCCACCUGAGAGCCCUUUUGGUUCAGCACAAACCAGAACUCUGCUCUACAGUACGGCCUGAUGAGUGUCAAUAAAACAUCAGAGGUCAAGAAACGCAUAAAGUCUGACAAGCCAACAAGCUCGACGUCUUUUAACAAAUACCGAAGGUCAGGGAUGAAACGAAGGAAGUUUUUUUUUCUGUUUAUCUUUGCAAACUGCACAGUUGAAAAGAGCACGAUACUCCAAAAUCAGCUGUGGUCCUUCUGGUGUUUUCAUCACCAGAAAGACCUAGCCCACCACAAGAUACACAGUGGGAUUAUUGUCUAUUGAGGGAGGGUACUGCUUAUGCAGACCAUCACCCUGCCACUUCAUCAGCACAAAUGCCUGUUUACAACAGCUUUGGAAAAUAGUGGAGUCAUUUGGACAUAAGCUGCUUGGCUAAGCCCAGCCCCUCCGGGAGGGUUUGUAAAACCCCAGAAUCCCACCUCAAACAACCAGCACUUUUUCUUUUGUGUCAUUUUUUUGUCACAGUGGACUGCAGUGGAAAGUGCUUUUAGCUGACAGCUACUCUUGGUUGUGAUGAAUUUGAUUUCCUGUCACUCGCCAUGAUUCAGUCCAUACUAUGUCUCCCGGCUGUGAGCCCCGCCUUCCUUUACUUAGUUCAGCUUGUUUGCUUCAGCCGCACAGCUUUGUUUGUUUGUUUGAUUCGUCUAAUUGUAACAUGCUGAAAUUUUUGGGGAACUUUAAUUUUGGAGGUAGAAGACCAUGAAAUAGAAGCGAUUGUGCCAGUGGUAGACGGUACAAGUGGCUUGUAGACUACCAGGGAAACCUUGAAGUUGUUUAUUUCCCCCUGUUUUGUCUCUGUUACUGAUACAUUCAUGUGAAUAAAAAAUUUUGUGGUGGCCAUGAAA